GUCCUUCCAGCUCGGCGGACCAGGAGCUCCCCCGUCAUCUUCAGCGUAUGUGCUGCCUCCUGGAGCAACAGAAAAUCAGACUAUGCAAGACCAGGCAUCUAUGUUGGAAGGUUCUCAGAAUGGUUGGAAUGAUCCUCCAGCUUUGAACAGAGUACCCAAGAAGAAGAAGAUGCCUGAGAACUUUACGCCUCCUGUUCCCAUCACAUCACCAAUCAUGAACCCCUUGGGUGACCCCCAGUCACAGAUGCUGCAGCAACAGCCUUCAGCUCCAGGACCACUAUCAAGCCAAGCUUCCUUCCCGCAGCCACACCUUCCAGGUGGCCAGCCCUUCCACGGCAUACAACAAUCCCUCAGUCAACCAGGGGUGCCUCCGUCUUUUUCAAAGCCCAAUAUUGAAGGUGCCCCUGGGGCUCCUAUUGGAAAUACCAUGCAGCAUGUGCAGUCUUUGCCAACAGAAAAAAUUACCAAGAAACCUAUUCCAGAUGAACACCUCAUUCUAAAGACCACAUUUGAGGAUCUUAUUCAGCGCUGCCUCUCUUCAGCCACAGAUCCUCAAACCAAGAGGAAGCUAGAUGAUGCCAGCAAACGUUUGGAGUUUCUGUAUGAUAAACUUAGGGAACAGACACUUUCACCAACAAUCAUCAAUGGUUUACACAACAUCGCAAGGAGCAUUGAGACUCGAAACUACUCAGAAGGAUUGACCAUCCAUACGCACAUAGUUAGCACCAGCAACUUCAGUGAGACCUCUGCUUUUAUGCCAGUUCUCAAAGUUGUUCUCACCCAGGCCAAUAAGCUGGGUGUCUAAAGGAUGGCUUCACUCUCAGCCACUAUUGCCGUUUUUCCAAAGAAACAUGUUUUAAAAAACGAUAAGAUGUGGACCAGUCCUCCUUAGCAUGUUUCCAUAGCAGCCAGUCAAGAACAUUUACAUAGUUUCUGCAGAUAUACUCACCUUAGACCUGCUCAAAACCCUGGUGCUUUCUUUUGUUUUAAUCUUUUAUUGCCUGUGAUGAUUUUCCUAUUCUGCAAAUAAUGUAUUUCCUGGAUUACACAUAGUAUGCUUUCCUGAAGUAUUCUGAUAAAAUAUGGUUUUUGAAACCUCAGGUUUACCUUUUGGAGAAGGAGCCUUUGGUUAUGUGUAAAGCAGAGCUGAAACUAAAUUUCUUUCAUGUCCUCCCUACUUCCUCCGUGUCAAUCAGAUUAAAGUGUGUAAUCCUA